CAUAUCAACAUCCGGGGCAUGUGGCUGUUGCUUGGGGAGACAGAACGAGGUCUCUUGAAAUGGAUUUCACAGAAGCCUACUCUGACAGAUGUUCAGCUGUUGGGCUUGCAGCUCGAGAAGGGAAUGUCAAACAUUUGAAGAAGCUAAUCAAACAGGGAUACAGUGUUGAUGUUCCUGAUAACAGGGGUUGGAUGGCAAUUCAUGAAGCUGCCUUUCAUAACAAAAGUGGCUGCCUGAAGCUCUUACUUCAUGCUGCACCUUCAGAUGACUACAUUAGAGCCAAGACAUUUGAAGGUACUUGUCCAUUACACCUUUCUGCAAGCCGGGGCAGCUUGGAAUGUGUUGCUGUUCUUUUGAAAUAUGGAGCCAAUCCUAAUGAGGUUACUAAAGAUGUGACCACGCCUUUGUUUCUAGCUGUUGAAAAUGGGCACACUGAUGUGAUACGGCUUCUGCUUCAUCAUGGAGCAAAUGUUAAUGGGCCCCACUGUUGGUCUGAAUGGAACUCUUUGCACCAGGCUUGUUUUCGGAAUUAUCCUGCAAUACUGAAAUUACUCCUUGACAAAGGAGCCAAUACAGAAUCAGAGGAUGACUUUGGGAUCACACCUUUAUUUAUUGCUGCACAAUAUGGAAAUCUGGAAUGCUUAAGGAUACUCAUAUCAUAUGGAGCAAAUGUCAACUGUCAAGCCAACGAUCGGGCCACACCGUUAUUUAUCGCUGCGCAGGAAGGCCAUGGCGCGUGUGUGGAGUUGUUGCUGUCGAAGGGAGCAGACCCAAACCUCUAUUGUGAUGAGGAGGAAUGGCAGUUGCCUAUCCAUGCCGCAGCACAAAUGGGGCACCGCAACAUUCUGCGCUUCCUCCUACCAGUGACGGAUCGGCUUUGCAGCACUGCUGAAGGCAAACUGAGCCCCAUCUACUCAGCCAUAUAUGGUGGACAUGAAAAUUGCUUGGAUCUCUUACUUGAGGAAGGUUACAGCCCAGAUGCCCAAACGUGUCCGGUCUUUGGCUACAGAUCACCCAUGUCUCUGGCUUUCACCAAGGGGUUGGGAUUUAUUCUCAUUCUUCUGAAAUAUGGAGUCACUCUUCAUGGAGCUGAUCUAGGCCUCUGUCUGUUCCAUGAAAAGUUCUCUUUAUUUCAGUAUUUCUUGAAGAGGGGCUGCAGGCUUCCGUGUAACCAAGAUGCGGAAGAAAUUUGUGCACUUGACCUACAACACCAGUACAAAGAGUGGCUGCCGUCUCUCCUGCUUGCUGGAUUUAAUCCCGUCAGCCUCCUCUGCAAGUCGUGGAUAUGCUCUGUAAACAACGAUGCCCUGAAUUUGAUGUUAGAGUUCACUGACUGGAAGAGACUUCCUUGGGAUGUGGAGCAGAUCCUUUCUGAGCACAAAAGAACCUCUGCAUGGGUACCCUGUAGUCAUUUUGAACUCUUCCCUCCCUUGUCUCACCUUUGCCGCCUGGAGAUCCGAUCGCUUUUGACAAGUGACCGUUUACGAUCGGACCAGUUUAUCCGCCAGCUGCCCUUACCCACUGGCCUGCAGGACUACCUGCUGUUCUCGGAUGUUUUAGCAACGCACAAUGUGGCGCGAUCUUCGCUGACCCUGGGAGAAGUGCAUGAAGGAGAUGCCUUGCCACCUGUAGGCAUUUCGGGAACUACGGAAAGAAGACGAACUUAG